AUGGAAUCCUUUCAAGAAGGGGACAUUGUAGUCCCUCUAGAUGGUAGUCAACGUUCCAGGACGAGAAGUCGGCGGAGGUCUUCUGGACAGUCGCUGGAAGGCUCUGCGCAUUCUACGAGCAGCUACACGUUUGAAGAGGUUGAUUCUGUGUACUCAGAGUACACCCUUGAGUCUCUGGACGACUCUUCCUCAUUCCACAAUUCAUUUUCCUCCAUGAACGAUGCCGUGGCACAUGCUGAACCACCAACAAAUGUUGAAAUCCCUGCAUCCUCAGAUUCUCUGAGUGAAAUGAAGAAUUUUCUGAGAAGCGAACUUGGGCUUGAGACACCGGUAAAGGUGGAACCAAAGGAAGAAGAGCCAAAGAAAAAAGCACCAAAGAACGAGGCACUGACCGAAAUGCAGACGUAUCUGAGAAGUGAGCUUGGCAUUGAUAUGCUGCAGAAGGCGCCAUCGUCAUCACCAUCUUCAGGUUCUCAGAAUUCAACAAUCGUCCCUGGUUUGGAUCUUCCUGCUUCCUCCGUUUCGGUGGACAACAGCAAGGAAUUGGCCGAGGAAUCCGAACUAGCUCGAAGUAUAGCGGCACUGAAAGAAGGGGUCGACAUCGAAGUAAUUGAAUACGUCGUGAGCGAUGAUGAAUUCGCGGAAGAGAUUAUUGAUGAUGUCUUUGAUCACAUGGGAGGCCUGGAGGGAAGAGAUUCUGUCAUGCUAGAGUCAUUUGGGCUACACAGUAUUGUGGAAGUAGCAGACUCUGAAUAUGGCAGUGAUAUCGAUGAUAGCGGACAUCUUAAGCGGAUAUCAGAAGUCUCAAUAUUGUCAGAUUUUCCAAUGGUUGGAGAUACCGAUGAUGAAGUGGAUACAGAACCAAUUGAGCCCCAAACAACUGGACUCCACGAAACAGCGAAAAAUUCAAAGCAAGAAAAGAUAAAUGUGGAGGAAUCACCAGGGUCUGCUGAACUCGGAAAGGCAACAUCUCCAAAGUCUAGCAAGAAAGCUGCAAAAUGGAAGGAUAGGCUCAAGAAGAAACGAGACAAUUAUAAGUCUGAAGGAGAACACGAUGACGACAAAAUGGAUAUUAAUAUUGUUUCAUCGGACGAGCCAGAAAAUCAAGCGACAGUAUCUGCAACAUCGGCAGCCAAAGACUCGGGUACUGGUCCCUCCAAGUCAAAUACACUGAAGUCCGAAGAAGACGAAUCAAAAGAGAAACAGCACGACGGCAGUCUUACACCAACGCCGGAUUUGCGAAAGGAGCCCGAAGCGGACGAAACCAUACUAGAAAGUGGCAGUCGUGCGGAAAUGACAGAGCUCACGCUCGCCAAGGCUUCACCUGAGUCGAAAAAUAAUCGUGGAGCAAAGGCCGCGAAAUGGAAGGAUCGCCUGCAGAAGAAACGAAGCAAGUCUAUCGAAGCAAAUGGCGAAAGUGACAUUGGUUCUCCGAAAUCUUUAAACUCACCCGAUGCAAAAGCAGAAGCAGAAUCUAAUGCUGCAGGUGCUGAUGGCGAGAACGACCUCAAAGAUUUCCCAAAUGUACCGUUGCACGAAGCAAACGAGAAGAGAGGAAGUGUUCCCAAGAGCAAAAAAGUUCGAAAUGAAGCAGAAUCUCUUGAUUUUCCUAUUGGUGAUAUCGUCAUGAGAGUUGAUGGUGUGAUGAAGGAUAAGCCUAAAGCAAGGUCUCAUUCUGACAUGGCACGGGCAAUAGAGAAUGAAGAUACGCCGGAAGAGGGGACUCUAUCUAUUCCGCCAGCAAUUAUUAAUACAUUGGCUCGAGAAGACACUAUUGGGGAACGAGAAGGGGACGAGCAGAACGAUCACGUUGAGCCUGGGGACACAUCACAUUCUAUGCGAAUCUUCGAUGACGAGUUUGGGAGCGUUAGCGUACCAACUAUACCAUUCGACCGCAGUAGUGUAUCGUUCGACCUCUCUCUUUCGAAUGACAAUGAUAGUUUUUCGGAGCAAGAAAGCGUGUAUUAUGAACAAAGCUUGAAUGAUGACACUUUCAGCCGCAGGUCUGGCUCCCGAAGAGAUGCUCUGCGUGUAUUUGAUGACGAGCUCGGAGAAUCGGCGAGCUAUGCGCGAGAAUCCAUCUAUUCAAUGCGAUCAACUCAGAGUACGGUCCUUGAGGAGCUUGAAGAGGACGAUAUUGAUUAUGGAGCAACCGGUAGUGACGAAGACGGGGAUUCGAUGCUGUCAGAGGAAGCUUCUGCAGAGCUCCAUGAAAGCGAUGAUAACGAAGCUUCCUCUAGUGCCGGCAACGCAUCACGAAACAAGGCAACGGCGAAAUCGUUACGGGAAAGCAACGGCGAAACAAAAAGCAAGAACAAAAUGAAGUUUGAGCUGCCAAACGAGUUGUUGGAAUCAAUCCAUUGUCUCCAGGAAACCAAGAAUGUCGAUGAAAAUCAAAGUGACAAGGAUGGAUCGAAAGUUCGUACUACACGAAACGAGACUCCUGUUGAAAAUGAAAAAGAUGGCAGUGCUACGUAUUCCACGUUACCGCCGACUUGGGAAGAUGGCUCGAGGACAUUCGGAGAUGAAGCUGCCGAAUAUGCUGGCGCGGGCAUUUCCACGGCAGAACUCAUAGACGAAGCGAGGCAAGAUUGUACUCGCUCCGACGACGAGACUGCACAAAAUUCCAAUGAGGCGCAAAUGGAUACGAAGGGCAAGAAGAAAGUCAGAAAGGAGUGGAGUGGAACAAAUGAUACAGUUGUGGAAACGGACCAAGAUAUGGGUGCGAAGAGUAAUUCAGCCCGAGGCAUAAUAAAAGUCUUCCCUGGGAGGCUUCCGCCGAAUCAAAGAGUGACGGAUAAAGUAACUAGCAGAAGCGUCAGUUUCCUUGCUGCAUUCGAGAUGACAACAAAGCACCGCCGUCGUGAGAUUGUGUUAAGGUCUGCAGAGAUAGCAUCGGAAGGGGUUCUGCCAGUAUCGUCAAGUUUCGAAGACCCUGAAAACAAGUAUUCAAGAGAUAAUUGCAGAGGUGGCAAUCAAGAGCUCGCAGCAUCGUUAAAGGCAACGUCAAGAAUGGCCACAAGAGCAGGUAGAAAGAAGCUUGUGAUGGAAUCGAUAAAGGCCACGACGCCUAAAGAGUCUUGGAUAUCAAGGAUUUUGUCGAGGCAAGAUGACAUUGACGAGCAAACGCCGGCUACCACCAAUGGGGAAAUUACCGUGAAGCGUUCGGCUAGCAGCAAUGCUUUUGGGCGAAAGACAAGCUCAAAAAUUAAUGCGUCGAAACGUUUGAAGGCUGACGGACGAAAUAACGAUGAUUCACACACACAAUCGAAGAAUAAGUCAAAAAACAGGAAAAUAAUCAACAGUUCAGGAGAGAGUGCAGAUACUCUUGAGUUGACAACACUGAGUGAGCCUACUGCGAGUCUUAGUCUACGUCGCAGUCAAAGUAUGGAAUUCAAGAAGGACUUGAAUCGUGAAAUGCAAUUCGAUAGCACUACUAGAGACGAUUCAGAUCGAGAGAAAAAUACUUCCAAAAGUGACGAGGGAAAGAUACCUCACGAGACUGAUGGAGCUGAGCUACUGUCAUCGAAGACAAGAAGUAGGAAGCGUUCGAAAACUCGAAGCAGAAAAGCUCCUGGCCGAAGCAAAAGUUUAGGGACGGAAGACUUUCUCGCAAACUUGAGUCUUACAGAAAGUAUGGAUCACACAGGAAUAAGCUCAGACGAUAAAGACGACGCCGGUGCUGCAAAGGCUACUAAGAGAACACGUAAUCGUACUCGAGGCGUUGGUCGUAGCUCAAGUAUGGGGCCCUUGGAAAGAUCACGCCUCAAGCGACGCGAAGAGAAGAACAAUGGAGAGGGUAUGGCUCCAACUGGUGGGAGUAGGAGCGGAGAUGUCAAAGAGAAGAGAGCUAAUGCGCCUUGUGAAAGUGAGUUUAUUGCACCUAAUAGUCCGAGAAGACAACGAAGUAAAAGUCAAAAAGAACAGCAGAAUAUUGGUGUCGAAGAAAAUUCCGAUAUCCUUCUUUCGCCAACGAAGAAUCGAAGGCGAAGAAAUAGCGGAAGCAAAUCACCGAGAGUAGAAAAACUAAGUCUUCGACGUAAAAAAAGUGGAGGCGGGACGAAAUCCCCCAGAAAUGGCAAUCGAAAGACGAUUGACAAUACCCGCUCUCCUUCUUUGAGAAAAAAGAGUUUAGAGGUGCUUCAAUCUCCCAGCGCAAGGAAAAUGAUCGUCAAUUUGACAGAAGACCGGAAAGAUGAGCUUAAGUCUCCGAGAAAGAAUCGGUCUAACGCCGCUGACAUGAGAUCGCCGAAAGCGGAAAAGCCAAAUCUACGACGCAAAAAGAGUGGCGAUGGAAAGUCACCAAGAAAUUCCAGCCGAAAGUCAAUUGACAAAACCCGUACUCCUACCGCCAAAAAGAAGAGCAUAGUUGCUAUACCAGACUUGGAAUCUGACAAAAUCCGUUCCCCAACCACGAAAAAGAAAGCCAUUGAUACAGUACCGGAUCUAGAAUCUGAAUUGAGGUCUCCGAGGAAAGCUCACUUUAAUAGACGGAGUUUGGAAAGCAAGCCACAAAAGCUGGCAAAGAAGGAUGGUGCGUCAAAGCGAAGGCAAAGCGACAGUCCUACGGAGAAGCCCCCCCCUCCUCCUGAUGACGCAAGUCGACAGAGUAGAGCCACAGCGGACCAGCAGUCUGCAUUCAUGUCGUAUUACGACUCCGUGCGUACUCCACCAUCGAGAAGAAGCAUUCUAAAGAAUGGCGACGAACUAUUGGCCCUGCAGAUCUCGGAAUCAUCGCCAUCGGUAUCGCCGACACCAUCAACCAAGCAAAAGAAGAGCAAGCUGCGGCGGGGUCAAAGUGAGAAUGCCAUAGAGAAAGGAAUCGAUGUCGAGCCACCUGCGGCUGUAGAAGAUAUUUGGGGGUUGGUUAAAUGGAGAGAUCAAGUCGAUAGACUAUAA